AUGUGUGAUGAUUUUAAUCUUUUACUUAAUAAAAAAAUAUCGGCUAUUAUUAACAAAUACAAAGAUGUGGAUGAUUCUAUGGAUCUUACAAUAGAUAUAGAGACGCAUACAGCCUAUGUACACCAGGUUGGAAAGGGUGGUGAGGAAAGAAAUAUUACAAAACCCCAUGUUAUGAAAUUUAAUCGUAUUUACAAUCUUCUUUUUCUAGCUGAUAAUUUUUAUGAUUUAUAUACAUUGCUAUUUGAUUGA